AGUUGGCCGCUGGCGUCGUGCUGGACCUGCUGCUGGGCUCGCCGUUUGGGUCAGGCAGGAUGGCCGCGGUCGCCAGCGUGGAGGAGCCGCCGCCGCCUUGUUUGGCACCGGAUACCAUUAGAUGGGCGACGCUUGCGAGCGCCGGGCUGCUGCUGGCGUUGUGGUGGCUGCUGGGCCGCCGGGCUCUGCGGCGACUUCCCCCUGGCCCCAAGGUCUGGCCCCUGGUGGGUAACUUGUUCUUCGCUAUGCUGCCCGAAAGGCUGCUGGGCGUCCUCGGUGUCAUCCCGCCCCGCAAGGAGAAGGGGAGCUGCGGCCGCGGCGAGGAAGAAGGGCCGCGGCCGAUGCAUCUGUGGUUAACCGAUCUGGCCAAGAUCUACGGCAGCAUCUUCCGAAUCGUCUUGGGCAGCCGCCACCUCAUCGUGCUUAGCGACUUCGAGGCUGUCCGGGACGCGCUGGUUACCCAGGCCGAGGUCUUCAGCGACCGCCCCAGUGUGCCCAUCGUGGCCCUCAUCACCGAGCAGAAGGGUGUGGUGUUUGCACCUUAUGGCCCACUGUGGAAAAAACAAAGGAAGUUUUCCCACUCAACCCUCCGUCACUUUGGAUUAGGAAAGCACAGUCUGGAGCCUAAAAUCAUUGAGGAAUUCAAGUAUGUGAAAGAAGAGAUCCUGAAACAUGGAGAGGAACAAUUCAAUCCUUUCCCUAUUAUUGGCAAUGCAGUGUCCAAUGUGAUCUGCUUAAUGGCCUUUGGUAGGCGCUUUAAUUAUGACGAUGCAGAAUUCCAGAGCAUGCUGAGGCUGAUGUCACGUGCACUAGAGAUCAGCCUGAAUAAUCAGGUACUCUUGAUCAACAUCUGCCCUUGGCUGUAUUAUCUUCCUUUUGGGCUUUUCCGAGAACUCAGGCAGAUUGUGCUGGAUAUCACAGCUUUCUUGAAAAACAUCAUUAGACAGCACAGAGAAAACUUGGAUGCCCAGUAUCCCCGAGACUUCAUUGAUAUGUAUCUCCUGCAUUCAGAUGAGGAAAAGAAGAUCAAUGGGGAAAGUAGCUUUAAUGAAGACUACCUGUUCUUCAUUAUUGGAGACCUUUUUGUUGCAGGCACAGACACUACAUCCAACACACUACUCUGGAGCCUUCUUUACAUGUCACUUCACCCACAAGACCAAAGAAAUGUUCAAGAAGAAAUCGAAUUGGUAAUUGGGUGCAACAGAGCUCCUACUCUGGCUGAUAAGGUGCACAUGCCCUUAACAGAAGCAACUAUUAUGGAAGUUCAAAGGAUGACAGUGGUUGUCCCUCUUUCUAUUCCUCGAAUGGCCUCAGAAACUACUGAGCUUCAGGGAUACACUAUUCCAAAGGGCAGUAUCAUCCUUCCUAACCUGUGGUCCAUGCACAGAGAUCCCAACAAAUGGGAGAACCCAAAUGAUUUUCACCCGGCAAGAUUUCUGGAUGAGAAUGGCCAGCUCUUCAAAAACGAAACAUUUAUUCCUUUUGGAAUCGGUAAACGUGUGUGCAUGGGAGAACAGCUUGCCAAGAUGGAGCUUUUCUUGAUGUUUGUGAGCCUUUUGCAAAGUUUCACCUUUCUGUAUCCUGCAGGCUUAAAGAAGCCAUCGAUGAAAGGAAGAUUUGGCCUGACAUUAGCUCCCUUUCCAUUCAAACUUAUUGCCUUAAAGAGAUGAGGAAACCUCAGAGAAAAGAGUUGCAUGAUGUUCAUAUUAUUAUAUGAAGUUCAGAGAUAUAAAUGAAAUGCACUUCACCAAACCACAGUCAUUCCCAAAGUGGGCUAGGGAAUUUUCAGCCCAUCGGGGUAUCCAAAAAUUAUCAAGCACUUUCUCCUUAGCUCGGGCAGUCCCCUACAUGAUGUGCUGAAACUCUUCAACUAUAGGAAACAAGCAGAAGUAUGUAGUCCUCAAGAGCUGCAGAGUAACAAGAGAAAGUUGGGGCAGCAACGCUUAAGGGAACCAUUGGUUAUCAAAUGGCUUUUAUAUUAGAUAAAAAGCAGUGGAAAAGACAUAGAAAUCUGAUUUGCGCAUGACAAUAGACAAAAGCCAAAAAAAACCAGAAAGCACUUAGGUAUUUGGAUCUUUUAAAAAGACAUAGUGAAGGUGCAUAGCAACUUAUCUUAAAAAAUUGAAGGUACAAAGCAAAUUGUCUUAAAAACCAGAGUCCGGGAGAGGGAUGUUUCUGUUGGGUGAGUCUGACUUUUCUUCACUCUCUGUAGGAAAACAGGUGUCCUACACAUAGCAGAUGCUAGGUCCAUCUUUGGGCUGUCUCCUUUUACAUGCUUCAAGAAGGGUGCUUUUUUUUUUUAAAGUAAAGCAUCAUACAUACAUAGAUGUGUUCAAUUAAAUGAAUGUUUCAUCCUUAUUUAAUAAUGAAGACAAAAAUUACUUUUAAAAGGUGAUGAACAUCUCCAGGAGAGAUGGGUAAUGAUGUUCUUGAUUCUGGAUGAUCAUCACUGUACCAACUACUUCUGCUCCACCUGUGCAGAACUUGUUUCCUCUGUGCUUAUUAGGAAGAACAAAACACAGCGAGUGGACUUCCACAAUUCAAUUUUUUUAAUAUAUUUCCUGAGAUUUAUCUCAUGGUAUCUCUAUUGUUUGCAAAAAGCAAUUGCUUUUUUGGCAUAACUUUGGUUAUUUCUCUCUGCUCACAUUCUGAGUUUAUUGCAGAUCAGUAAUAAGCUCAAGUUGAUUUAACUUGCAAGUCACCUGUAACAUCUGUGUUGAAAAUGUUUAAUACAUAGUGUGGGUGCCAUAGGAAGCAGUAUUAGCAUGGUCAAAUUGUACUGCUUCAAACAAACUUAGGAAAUACAAUGAUAGGAUUUCAUUGAGCAGGAGAUAUAUUUACUCUAGCACCUUAGUACUCAGCCAUUCUAUUGGAGCAUGCUUUUGACCAGCAAUAGGUGUUAUGGCACAGAGUACGUAAAAUAAUUCAGCUGAUAGGUACUUAAUUUUGGGGCACAAACUUUAGUUUAAAAAGGCCUUUAGAAAUGAAAGGGAGAGGAAGGAAUGCAACCCUAAUCCUGAUUUUAUUUGCCAAAACAUUUGAAGUCCCAUGCUUACAAAUACAAAAAUGUAGAAAGACGUUAACUGCUGGUUCCUGCAUUUUCUGUAUGUUUAUUGCAAGGAUGUUUUGAGAAACACUUAGACGCUAUCCAGUAUAAUUUUAAAAAAGAUAUACUUGUAUUUAACCCCAUUUUUAUGUUCUACAUGAGACAAAGCCUCCCUUACCUUUCUCCCUCCUAUCUUCAUGGCAAUAUAGAGACAAAAAUGAUGAUGCACUUACUCAUGUUUAAAAAUUUAAUUUAAUUUAAUUUAAUUUAACUGCAUUCUAAAAAAAAAAUUCCUGGGGCAAUAUAAGAAAACCAAAUAUUCCCCUUCAUGCAUGCUAUCCUAACAAAUACAGAAAAAAGAAUCAUACUGCCAGAAUUUAGGGCUUGCUCUUUUUGUUGGAAGAUAACUAAUUCCAAUUGAAAAUGGAACGUUUUCAUUCAUUGUCAGUUCAAAGAGAAGCUGCAUAACGGAUUAGGUUUGACAAAAAGACAACCAUUUUUUGUUUACUUUCGGUUUAUUGCAUGAACAUUUGACUGGUUCACACAACACGAAGUUUAAAAUUAAGGUGCAUUAUGGUGUAGUGUGGUAUGAGUUAACUUGCAGAAUGGAUGAGUCUUUAUGGAGUAGAUGCAGACACCUUGGACAAUUCUUACCCUUCAAUUGCACUGCUUUUAGAUGAGUACUGUUAUGGCAGAUAAUCCUAUGGGGCAAAAUACAACUGAUCCUUGGUAUGGCAUGUAUGUUGUUUUGUAAUCAAGCAAUCUUUUACUGAAGCACUUUAUAAUUUUGUCAGGUUCCAAAGAUCUGUAUUUCUGUAUUUUAGAAGGCAUCAGGGGCCUCUGUAAUAGCUGGCUAUAUUGGUUGCCUGUAUCUUGCUGAUGUUUAUAUUGUCUGUUGUUUUCAAAGUGAAUGCCUUGUUUAAAAUUUUAGAAUGGAGAAUAUAAAAUCUAAAAUCGGAAAUCAUGGAUUGCUUUUUUUUUUUUUUAAAGGUGCCUAUGCCAACCUAGCAGUUCAAAAACAUGCAAAUGUGAGCAGAUUAAUAGGUACCGCUUCGGUGGGCAGGUAACGGCGUUCCGUGUAGUCAUGCUGGCCACAUGACCACGGAAGUGUCUACAGACAAACGCCGGCUCUUCGGCUUUGAAAUAGAGAUGAACACCGCCCCCUAGAGUCGGACACGGCUGGACUUAAUGUCAAGGGAAACCUUUAACUUUACCUUUUUAUAUUUCCACACAAUCCAGAAUAUAUUUCUUGGUGCAAAUAUCUUUCUAAAUAAAGUUUUAUUUUUAAAAAUUGACUAUUGAGAAGAAAAUUUUGAUUUAAAACAAGUUCUACCAUGGGUAUUAGAAAAUACAGCAAACUAUUCUGGCAGCCUUUCCCGAUUGCUAUUCAGAUGCUUGGGAUUGCAAGACAUCUGGAAAGCUGCAGGUUGGUGAAAACUAUAUUACUGGUAUUCUUAUUUCAUGUAUCUAACUGCUUUUUUCCAUGGUGUUCCCUUCAUCAAUUUGUGGCUAUAUUCAAACUACAGUAAUAACCUUUCUCCAAGCAUCCUUGGCAACUGUAAUUUUCUAAGUAAACGGUGGAAAUGACAAUAUAC